CAGACAAAAGGGGCGUGUCAGACACGUGCUAUCGCGAGAUCACCGCCAUCAUCCGCUAAAUAUCGCGAUAUCAUCGUAUGCGGCUUAUUGCAGCCAAGUCCUUCCUGUUCCUUCAGGUCGAUUGGAGAAGAGAACCCUUCCAGGAGAACUGCGUGUUGAUCAUGGGGAACCUCUUUGGGAAUCUGCUGAAGAGCCUGAUAGGGAAGAAGGAGAUGAGGAUCCUCAUGGUGGGGCUGGACGCCGCCGGGAAGACCACCAUCCUGUACAAACUCAAACUGGGGGAGAUCGUCACCACCAUCCCCACCAUCGGGUUCAACGUGGAGACGGUGGAGUACAAGAACAUCAGCUUCACCGUGUGGGACGUGGGCGGGCAGGACAAGAUACGCCCGCUCUGGAGGCACUACUUCCAGAACACCCAGGGUCUGAUCUUCGUGGUGGACAGUAACGAUCGCGAGCGGGUGAACGAGGCACGGGAGGAGCUCAUGAGGAUGCUGGCCGAAGAUGAGCUCAGAGACGCCGUGCUCCUCAUCUUCGCCAAUAAGCAGGAUUUGCCGAAUGCCAUGAACGCUGCCGAGAUCACGGACAAGCUGGGUCUGCACUCCCUCCGCCACCGCAACUGGUACAUCCAGGCCACCUGCGCCACCAGCGGGGACGGCCUCUACGAGGGCCUCGAUUGGCUGGCCAAUCAGCUGAAGAACAAGAAGUAAAGGUCUUAACGAGGAGAAGCAGCAGGAGUGGACACUUGAGGUUUUUGGAAGUCCAGGGGGGGGGGGGGGGGGGGGGGGGGGUUGUGUGUAAUAAGUAUGAGGGUGUGAGAGAGUGGGCACAUUUCUACUUGUUUUCGAAGCUUUGAUUUUUUUGCGGUUCUUAAGGAAACAAAAUAUCAUAUCUGUAUUUAUUUAUAGCCACAUUAACGCAGACACACCCACAGACACUCGCUCCUCCUGAGUGGCGUCUCACAGCUGUGAUGGAGGAGCUGCUCUCUUGCUCUGUGGUCACAGGGUUCAGAAGAGCCCUCAUAGCUUUGUGUCUUCAUCAUUCCUCCAGCGCUUAUGCUCUCAGUAUUUGGUGGGCAGUGGUGAUGCACUUUGAUACCCAGAUGCACGUGUGAGUGGCCGUUUAUUUCUGUGCGCUUAUUAACAAGCUUUUGGCCACUUAACCACGACUCGCGACAGGGAACAGCCCUGGUUGCUCAGUCUGGACUGACGGAACCGCCAUGGGCAGCGUGAGGUCCUGGUUCCUCAGAGCAGCGCGGGAACCUGGUUCCUCAGAGCAGCGCGAGAACCUGGUUCCCUCGGAGCAGUGUGAGAACCUGGUUCCUCAGAGCAGUGUGAGAACCUGGUUCCCUCGGAGCAGCGCGAGAACCUGGUUCCUCAGAGCAGUGUGAGAACCUGGUUCCUCAGAGCAGUGUGAGAACCUGGUUCCUCAGAGCAGCGCGAGAACCUGGUUCCUCAGAGCAGCGCCAGAACCUGGUUCCUCAGAGCAGCGCAAGAACCUGGUUCCUCAGAGCAGCGUGAGAACCUGGUUCCUCAGAGCAGCGCGAGAACCUGGUUCCUCAGAGCAGUGUGAGAACCUGGUUCCUCAGAGCAGUGUGAGAACCUGGUUCCUCAGAGCAGUGCGAGAACCUGGUUCCUCAGAGCCACACGGACAGAACCCGGUGUUGUGUGGUUCACUCUCCUCGUUGUGACCUGAGGCCACCAGGAACCACGGCCUCUGUCCUUGUGUCACUGUCUCUAGCUGUGUGUCCAGCCGCUGUAAUUAGGCGCCAUGCAGAAACCUCACAUGUCCUAAUAGUCAUAAUAUAAAAGUCAUAAUAUACUCAGAAUAUAAUCUUUCAUCUUGUCAUCAAUUUAAGGUCUUGUGUGAAGAUAUUCGUGCACAUACAAAAGGUAUAUGAUCGCAAAGAGAUACCACACGCAAUCUCACACGCACACGCACACUCAUACCAGCAAUAUGUCCACACACAAACUCACACGCACACACACACACUCAUACCAGCAAUAUGUCCACACGCGCAAUCUCACAAGUACACUCAUACCAGCAAUAUGUCCACACACGCGUCAUGUGUCAUUAAUUAUGCGUGGAAUCACGUGGUCAGCUUAGGUUCAUUAUCUGGCGAGAAUAAUUAAUCCCUCUUGACAGUUUAUUGUAUCUCUGAAUGUUGAUAUAUUUGAUUAGUAUAUAAAUGACUGUUAACGUUACUUUGCCAUAGAUAGGGUUGGUUGUUACAGGUGUGCCUGGUACGUAGAGCCAGCAGAAGACAUAGCAGGGGGGCAUUGCAGUGUUAAUACCAGAUUUCACCACUUCACCACCGGACGCAGAGCCCCCCUCAGACACCACAGACCUCCUCAGUGGAGAGAUGUGUCCUGGUCGAUGGUAGUGUUACUGUAUAUAUAUAUCAACUUGUUACUGUAAGCCUACUGUAUACAGCUCAACCGCUACUGGGUUUUGUUGACCUUCAAACUGUUUUCAGUGGCUAAACCAGAUGUCGUUCCUUGGAUCUUGUUUCGGAAAAAUCGGUUUAUUUAUAUUUGAUUGUAGAAGCGUUGUUUUAUUAACAUAUAAUAACAUAAUGGAGGUGGAUGUGUAUUAAACAAUUCUCAUCCUAUCAUCUCUCGGUUCCUUCUGCUCCUAAAGGCUCACUAGUAGGUUUGGUGGUGGAGGGGGUGGGGAAGACACUGGAUGCAUGUUCAGAUAUGUAUGUGAUGUAACAGAAUCCUGCUUUACUGAAAAAUAAACCUCUUUUCUUUAA